AUGCCCCAAAGACCUGAACUCCCUGAUGGUUUUGGGGAAGGACUUUUAAAGGCGGUGAGACAUCUGUAUGGAUUGUUUCAUUACAACGCCACGAUGCUUGGACUUGAAUCGCUUCCAGAUCCCACAGAUACCUGGGAAAUUAUAGAGACCAUAGGUAAAGGCACCUAUGGCAAGGUCUACAAGGUGACUAAUAAGAGAGAUGGGAGCCUGGCCGCAGUAAAAAUUCUAGAUCCAAUCAGUGAUAUGGAUGAAGAGAUUGAGGCAGAAUACAACAUUUUGCAGUUUCUCCCGAAUCAUCCCAAUGUUGUAAAGUUUUAUGGAAUGUUUUACAAAGCGGAUCACUGUGUGGGAGGACAGCUGUGGCUGGUCCUGGAGCUGUGUAACGGGGGCUCCGUCACCGAGCUUGUCAAAAGUCUACGUAGGUGCAACCAGCGGUUGGACGAAGCAGUGAUCUCAUACAUCUUAUAUGGGGCCCUCUUGGGCCUUCAGCAUUUGCACAAUAACCGAAUCAUCCACCGUGAUGUCAAGGGGAAUAACAUUCUUCUGACAACAGAAGGAGGAGUUAAGCUCGUUGACUUUGGUGUCUCAGCUCAACUCACCAGUACACGUCUACGGAGAAACACAUCUGUUGGCACCCCAUUCUGGAUGGCCCCCGAGGUCAUUGCUUGUGAGCAGCAGUAUGACUCUUCCUAUGACGCUCGCUGUGACGUCUGGUCCUUGGGGAUCACAGCUAUUGAACUGGGGGACGGAGAUCCUCCCCUCUUUGACAUGCAUCCUGUGAAAACGCUCUUUAAGAUUCCAAGAAAUCCUCCACCUACUUUACUUCAUCCAGAAAAAUGGUGUGAAGAAUUCAACCACUUCAUUUCACAGUGUCUCAUUAAGGAUUUUGAAAAGCGACCUUCGGUCACACAUCUCCUCGACCACCCAUUUAUUAAAGGAGUCCACGGGAAGCUUUUGUUUCUGCAGAAGCAGCUGGCCAAGGUCCUCCAAGACCAGAAGCAUCUAAAUCCUGUUGUUAAAACCAGGCAUGAAAGGAUGCACACCAAAAGACCCUAUCAUGUGGAAGAUGCUGAAAAAUACUGCCUUGAGGAUGACUUGGUCAAUAUGGAGGUCCUGGAUGAGGAUACAAUUAUUCAUCAGCUGCAGAAGCGUUAUGUGGACUUACUUAUUUACACAUAUGUUGGAGAUAUCUUAAUUGCCUUAAACCCCUUCCAGAAUCUAAGCAUAUACUCUCCACAGUUUUCCAGACUGUAUCAUGGAGUGAAACGUGCCUCAAAUCCCCCCCACAUAUUUGCAUCAGCAGAUGCUGCUUACCAAUGCAUGGUUACUUUCAGCAAAGAUCAGUGCAUUGUCAUCAGUGGAGAAAGUGGCUCUGGGAAGACAGAAAGUGCCCACCUGAUCGUUCAGCAUUUGACUUUCUUGGGAAAGGCAGAUAAUCAGACCUUGAGAGAAAAAAUUCUGCAAGUCAACUCUCUGGUGGAAGCCUUUGGAAAUGCAUGCACUGCCAUCAAUGACAAUUCCAGCCGUUUUGGAAAAUAUCUGGAAAUGAUGUUUACACCAACUGGAGCUGUGAUGGGAGCAAGAAUCUCUGAAUAUCUCCUUGAAAAAUCCAGAGUUAUAAAACAGGCGGUAGGGGAGAAAAAUUUUCACAUAUUUUAUUACAUUUAUGCUGGUCUUUAUCACCAAAAGAAACUUUCUGAGUUCCGACUUCCUGAGGAAAAGCCUCCUAGGUACAUAGCUGAUGAAACUGGAAGGGUGAUGCAUGACAUAACUUCCAAGGAGUCUUACAGAAGACAGUUUGAAGCAAUUCAGCAUUGCUUCAGGAUUAUAGGAUUCACUGACAAGGAGGUGCACUCAGUGUAUAGGAUAUUAGCUGGGAUUUUGAAUAUUGGAAACAUUGAGUUUGCAGCUAUUUCCUCUCAGCAUCAAACUGAUAAAAGUGAGGUGCCCAAUGCAGAAGCCUUGGAAAAUGCUGCCUCGGUUCUCUGCAUCAGCCCUGAAGAGCUCCAGGAGGCUCUCACCUCACACUGCGUGGUCACCCGGGGCGAGACCAUCAUCCGCGCCAACACUGUGGACAGGGCCUCAGACGUCAGGGAUGCCAUGUCCAAAGCCCUGUAUGGGAGGCUUUUCAGCUGGAUCGUAAAUCGCAUCAAUACACUCCUGCAGCCAGACAAAAACAUAUGUACUGCAGACAAUGGUAUGAAUGUGGGGAUCUUGGACAUUUUUGGAUUCGAAAACUUUCAGAGAAAUUCAUUUGAGCAGCUCUGCAUAAACAUCGCCAAUGAGCAAAUUCAAUACUAUUUCAAUCAGCAUGUUUUUGCUCUCGAGCAGAUGGAGUAUCAGAAUGAGGGCAUUGACGCUACACCCGUGAAGUAUGAGGACAAUCGCCCCCUCUUGGAUAUGUUCCUCCAGAAACCCCUGGGACUGCUUGCACUUUUGGAUGAGGAAAGUCGGUUUCCUCAGGCAACGGACCAGACCCUAGUUGAUAAAUUUGAAGAUAAUCUUCGAUGCAAAUACUUCUGGAGGCCCAAAGGAGUGGAGCUGUACUUUGGCAUUCAGCAUUAUGCUGGAAAGGUAUUAUAUGAUGCUUCUGGGGUUCUUGAGAAAAACAGAGACACUCUUCCUGCUGAUGUGGUGGUCAUACUGAGGGCAUCAGAAAACCAGCUUCUCCAGCAACUCUUCUCAAUCCCUUUGACUAAAACAGGUAACUUGGCCCAGACAAGAGCCAGGAUAACAGCAGCCUCAAGAUCUUUGCCUCCACAUUUCAGUUCUGGGAGACUCAAGGUGGACACUCUGGAGGUGAUACGGCAUCCAGAAGAAACCACCAACAUGAAGGGGCAAACCAUGGCUUCUUACUUCCGGUAUUCUCUGAUGGAUCUGCUUUCUAAAAUGGUGGUGGGACAGCCCCACUUUGUACGCUGCAUCAAGCCCAAUGAUGACCGAGAGGCCCUGAAGUUCUCCACAGACAAAGUGCGGGCCCAGCUCCGCUCCACGGGCAUCCUAGAGACAGUCAGCAUCCGCCAGCAGGGGUAUUCUCACCGCAUCCUCUUCGAGGAGUUUGUGAAAAGGUAUUAUUACUUGGCAUUCAGAGCACAUCAAACACCUCUUGCUAGCAAAGAGAGUUGCAUCGCUAUCUUGGAAAAGUCCAGAUUAGAUCACUGGCUGCUGGGAAAAACAAAGGUUUUUCUGAAGUAUUAUCAUGUCGAGCAGUUAAAUUUGCUGCUGCGGGAAGUCAUAGGCAGAGUGGUUGUGCUGCAGGCCUAUGCCAAGGGGUGGCUGGGAGCCAGGAGGUACAGAAGAGCCAGAGAGAAGAGAGAGAAGGGGGCUGUUGCCAUCCAGUCAGCCUGGAGAGGAUAUGAUGCUCGGAGGAAAUUUAAGAAAAUAAGCAACAGAAGGAGUGAGUCUGCUGUUCAUAUUCACGCAGGGUGCCCUUCAGACCAAAGCAGUGAUCCACAGCCCACCAUCACAGGGGGUCCCAGCGGAACUGCACAGGGUCAGUUCUCCAGUGAGCCUGGUGACCACAAAGUUCUGAGGGGCUCUGGCGAUCAUAAAAGCAGCCCACAAGCAGAAUCCAGCAAUGGCCAUGCAGAGACUUCAAGCACCUCUCCUGUCACUGAGAAAAAUUGGCAUUCACAAACCCAGAGUUCUUCCAAAGGAUGUGAUGUCUUCACAGGACACUCAAAUAAGCACUCAGUUUCUGGGACUGAUCUGUCUUUUCAGAUAUGCCAUGCUGCUCCAGAUUGCCCAGGACUGAGUCCUUCGAGGGGAGCCCCUGCAAAAUCUGAUUCAGAAAACGGUCUUGCACAGAAGCAGCGAACACCUCGCCGAAGAUGUCAGGAGCCCAAAAUGUUGAGUAGCCCUGAGGACACCAUGUACUAUAACCAGUUAAAUGGAACUCUAGAAUAUCAAGGGAGCAAGAGGAAGCCAAGAAAACUUGGCCAAAUCAAAAUGCUUGAUGGAGAAGAUGAAUAUUACAAAUCUCUGUCACCUGUGGACUCUAUCCCUGAGGAAGACAACUCAGUCCACCCUUUCUUUUUUUCUUCAUCUUCAAAAGGGGCAUCUUUUGCUCAGCACUGA